AUGGGCGGCAUUGGUAAGUCAACUCUUGCUAGAAGAAAUGAUCCUUCAAUAUCAUGUCGCUUUAAUGUUACUUCAUGGGUUACUGUCUCUCAAGAAUAUGAUGCAAAGGAAAUGCUUUUAGAUGUUUUAAGCUGCUUCUUUUCUCCAAAUGAAAUGAAAACGUACCACAAAAUGAGUGAAGAUGAAUUAUUAGAGAAAGUGCAUAGAAUAUUGAAAUGCAAGCGGUGUUUGAUAGCCUUGGAUUAUAUAUGGAGUAUAGAAGCGUGGGACCAAGUAAAAAGAUCAUUUCCUGAUGAUGGAAAUGGAAGUCGCGUCGUGAUAACUACUAGGCUCUUAGAAGUAGCUGAUUGUGCUGAUAAUAUUGGUUGUCGUCCUCAUCACACGUCUUUCCUUAACCUUGAAGAUAGUUGGAAAUUACUAUCUUUAAAGGUAUUUGGAUAUGAAGACUCCUGCCCUCCCCAACUGGAGCAAGUAGGUUGGCUCAUAGCGCAACAAUGUCAAGGAUUACCUCUCUCCAUUGUGGUAAUUGCUGGGCUUCUUUCCAAUAUCAAUAGGACAUAUGAUGACUGGAUAAAGAUUUCUGAUAAUGUGAAUUCCCAUAUAGGUUCAACCUUUAAACAAUGUUUAUCAAUAUUGGCUCUGAGUUACAACUACUUGCCGUGUAGUUUGAGAGCUUGUUUUCUAUAUAUGGGAGUUUACCGAGAAGAUGCAGAAAUUGAUGUGGAUGGGUUGAUUAGAGUUUGGGUUGAAGAGGUGGCUGAAGAGUGUUUAGAGGAUCUAGUUAGCAGAUGUUUGGUUAUGGUUACCAGUCGAGCAUGGGUAACCGGCAAAAUUACAGGUCGCAAAAUUCAUGACCUUGUUCGACUAUUAUGGUUGAGAGAAGGAAAAGCGGAGAAGUUUUUUCAUGUCAUAAAUAAAUGUUACUCAGAAGAAGAAGGCGUGGCUAUUGAACGUCGACUAAUUUUGCACGAAGAGGUAGGAUUAACUUAA